AUGGUUAACUUUUUUUUCUUCUUUUUUCUUUUUCUUCUUCUUUUUCUUCUUCUUUUUCUUCUUCUUUUUCUUCUUCUUUUUCUUCUUCUUCUUUUUCUUCUUCUUUUUCUUCUUCUUUUUCUUCUUUUUUCUUUCUUUUUUCUUCCUUUUUUCUUCCUUUUUUCUUUUUUCUUUCUUUUUUCUUUUUUUCUUUUUCUUUUUUCCCUUUUUUUCUUUUUUCUUCCUUUUUUCUUUUCUCUUUUUCCUUUUUCCUUUUCUCUUUUUCCUUUUUCCUUUUUUCCUUUUCUCUUUUUUCCUUUUUUCCUUUUCUCUUUUUUCCUUUUUUCCUUUUCUCUUUUUUCCUUUUUUCCUUUUCUCUUUUUUCCUUUUUUCCUUUUUUCUUUUUUUCUCUUUUUUUCUUUUCUCUUUUUUUUCCUUUUCUUCUUUUUUACCUUUUUUUUUUUUUUUUUUUUCUUUUUUGGUAAAAGUUGGCUUUAUUAUAAGGUACCCUUUGUAUCUACAGAUUUCUUAUUUAUUGCAUUUGAAUUUUCAAUGCUUUCUUUCUUUCCAGACUUUUGUCAGGAAGAUCGAAAGAUGGCGGCAGAGACUGGCUCAAAAAUACAGAGAGAUGACAUGAAGAGCCAUCAACGUCAGCUUUCUGGAGGAGUUAGCAAUCCAGGUUCGAUCGGAAUGAAAGACUCGUCUCCACAAUCAAUGAUGUCAGUGAAUCCUGCUGGUGGAAUGAGUCGGGAACAGGUAUCAUCUUCAUGUCAGCCGCCUGCAGCACCACCGGUGCCCCCUGCACCACCUGGGCCACCUGCUCCGCCAUCUGCUGGCCCACCCAAGACCCCAGCUGCUCCUGCUGUGCCAGCCAUACCCCAGCCUCCACCUGUUGGAGCGCCGCCACCACCCCCUCCCCCACCACCUCCUCCAGCAGUCCCCACUGCAAUGCCUGCGCCUGCCCCUGGAGGAGGGGGACUAGCCGACGCACUCCAGAAAGCAAAGUUAAAGUCUGUUAACCGGCCUGAAGAUGGGGUUGCUGCUGCAGGUGCAGACAGUGCAGGCAAUGCUGCCCAGGCAGGGAUGAAUUCACUGGCUAGGCCACUGAUACCUGGAGCUGAGGACAUGAUGAGCGAGAUGCAGCGAAAAUUAGCUGCCCGGCGUGCCAAGACUGAAAACUCCUCACAGGAAGCCGAUAGCAGUUCAUCUUCACCGGAAGUGAAAAAAAAUAGAGAUAGAAAUACAACCAAUGGCAAUGGGAACAAAUUUAACCAAGCAAAUGGUUCUGAAUCUCCUAAGGUUUCACAAAGGACAAAUUUGGCCUGCCCGGCACCGCAAAAACUUUCAUUGACUGGUCAAGAAACUGUAGCCGUGCCAAAUGGAGGCAGCAACAUUUCCGGUGAUUUUGAAUUGCUGAAACAGGAAAUUCUUGCAGAAAUGAGAAGAGAACUUCAGAAAGUGAAAACUGAUAUAAUUGAAGCAUUGCGUCAAGAACUUAGUAACCGAUAA